CUUAACAAGGAAGAUUUUUUUUAAUCAACGCUUAUUCACAAUAAGAGAAGAAAACCCUGUUAAAAUAAGAUGCUUAAUUGUUUUGUCUACCUACCAGUUCUUCCUUUGAUUGUCUUUGUUGGGAAUACUCCUGUUUGUCUUUCUGGUAUCCUGUCAUCAUGGUUUAACCUACAAACUGACUCAGCUGAUGAUUAUUACUAUGAAUACGGCACUGAAUAUACACAGCCAGAACAGAGUGAUACCAGAUUUAGUUUCUCUGCCACAGAUCCUGACUGGUUUCGUGAAUACUUCAAUCCCAAUGUAAAUCCAUGCCUGGCUAUGCCAUGCCUGAAUAAUGGAGUAUGUGAAUGGAACAGAAAGAGCUACACAUGUCACUGCCCCAAACCAUACACAGGAUCUAAGUGUGAGAGUGUGGAAAACACAUGUCAAAGAGUUAACUGCAAUAGGGGAGAUUGCCUUAUAAGCUUAGUAGCUCCUUAUUAUCGAUGCAUUUGCAGACAUCCCUACAAAGAGCCAUCCUGUGACAAAGCGCAUUCAACUUGUCGACCCAACCCGUGCAAAAAUGGAGGCACAUGUCAGAGGCAUCGAAUAAGAUCCAUGUUCAGCUGCAAGUGCCCUGAGCCAUUCAGAGGGAAGUUUUGUGAAAUUGAAGCUGAGGACUGUUUUGAAGAAAAUGGUCACACAUACAGAGGAAAUGUUAGUCGAACAGUGCUCCAGAAGACCUGCCUUCACUGGAAUUCUCACUUUCUCUUGGAAAAUAGUUAUAAUGCAUUUAUGGAAGAUGCUGACUAUUAUGACCUUAGUGACCAUAACUUCUGCAGGAAUCCAGAUGGUGAUGAAAAGCCUUGGUGUUUUGUCAAUGUGAAUAACAAAUUGAAAUGGGACUUCUGUGAUGUCUCCCCAUGCUCGACAACAGCAGAGUCCUCCAGGAAUACAGCCAUCUUCUCCACCAAGAUUCCUGUAGCAGAUAGCAUAUCCAGUACAUGUGGAAAACCAGAGAUGGUAAGACCAUUCAAGAGAAUUUAUGGUGGUACCAAGACAACGGCUGGCAAGCAUCCAUGGCAAGCUUCUCUUCAGAGGAAAAUUUCAAGAGGCUUCUUUUUGCCUAAGGGACAUUACUGUGGAGGAAUUCUGAUUGACCCGUGCUGGGUUCUCACUGCUGCACACUGUAUUUUGACAGAAGCAUACACCCUCCAAGUGUCCCUUGGAAAGCAAGAUCUUAGUAGAAAAGAAUAUCAUGAACAGACGUUUGAUGUUGAAAAGAUAAUUAAACAUGGACUGUACACAGAACAGGAGAACAUCCCAUACAAUGACAUCGCUUUGCUGAAGUUAAAACCGAUCAAUGGCCACUGUGCUGUGGAAACAAAAUAUAUCAAACCGGUGUGCUUGCCUGAUUCAACAUUUCCUGAUGACACAGAAUGCUACAUAUCAGGUUGGGGAGAGAUUGAAACAGGUGAAUCAUCUCAUCAGCUGUUAGAUGCCAGAGUAAAGCUGAUUUCCCAGAUGCGGUGUAACGCACCAAGUGCACAUAAUAACAGACUGGAUGAAAGCAUGCUUUGUGCAGGAAAUCUUCAGAGAACAAGUGCUGAUACUUGUCAGGGAGAUUCAGGAGGUCCUCUAACUUGCGUAAAAAAUGGCUCUUAUUAUGUCUAUGGAAUUGUGAGCUGGGGAGAUCAAUGUGGAUUAAGAAAUAAACCAGGAGUUUAUACCCGUGUGACAAGAUUUCUCAACUGGAUUAAUACCAAAAUUCAACGGGAGUCCAGGUUCCACAGUUAAGAAAGACCUUCUAAAAACUAAGGAAGAAUUUCUGCAGCAUCGGGGUUGAUUCUUACUUGUUGGUAUCCUUCUCCGGCUGUUUGUUCCUGCCAACCAAAAUAGAUUCUGAAUAUCAUCCAUUGAAGAAGACUAUUAUGUAAUUCCCAUUGAUAAAAACUAUAAUUAAAAAUGCCUCAUCUGA